AUAUUUAUAAAUAAUGACAUAUAAGUACUUCUUACUUUUGAUCUUUGACAUCACCUUCUUUAUUACUGAGCAAUGAAAGAAUAGUGGUACUAUGAAGACAUAAUUUGAUAGCCUUAUCAUUUAUAAGUGUGUUACUUAUAACACUCUGCAGUACAUUCCCGAUGUCUUCUUCUUUUCGCCUUCGUCCAGGGUCUGUGUACUCUACAAAUACAACGAUUUCAAAGAUUUCAGCGCGAAAUUCAUGCAUUGUACAGCAUCAACGACAUACGUUUAUACUUUGCUUGGAGCAUUAAUAACCUGGCAUUUAAAUGCAUUAGAGACCUCCUGGUCGUCUGGAUCUUCUCCUCAACGGGUUUAAAAUCGUCCAACGUAAUCGCGCCGAUCGGAAACUUGUUGAGCACCGCAUUUAGACUCUUUACAGAUUGCUCCAACUUGUCAAGCUCCAUUUUGACAGCUCACCGUCUAUUUCUGUUUUUGAAUCUGAAAACAAAUACAUAUGUCUUCUUACAAAUCCAAAGUUACUAGAUCCCAAUUUAUUACUAGAACAUUCGAGUGACCAGCUGGGAAUAUAAUUCAUUUGAUCUGAUUGGUCGAUCAAAUAUUUCUAGUGGUUUGAUUGGUUAUCUGAAUCUUUGGAUAUUUGCUAGAAUUGUUUACAAUUUUAGCUGCAGUUGUCACUGAAAUAGAUGGACUCUCGAGGUAACAGUACCUCGUCAAUGCUCUCGUCUAUGAAGUUUUGCUUCGUGUUUACAUAGAUCCGUUUCCAUGGCAGCGGAUUUGAAUUUCGGAGUGUCCUAAAUAUUUGUAUAGCAAUAUAUAUAUCUUUGCCCCGGGGAUUUGUUAUAUUUUAUAUGCAAUAUUUUAAGAAACGUAACGAAAUAUGAUAGAAGCGGUUGAAUCUGACGUGCAAAUUAUUUUGAGCAUAAAAGAAGGAAAGGGUUUUGAACAAGUUUUACAACCAACAUUAUUGAUUGGAACCUUAAAUGGACAUUCUCUAGAAACUGACAGGAUAGAACCAAGUUCAAAUCCACAAUAUGCAACUGACUUAAUUUGGGAGACCAAUAAAACUGCAUUAAGGAAAAUGCGAUCAGGACAAGCUGCAUUGAAAUUAGAAUGCUUUGUUUUUAAAGAGAACAAGGCCAAAGAGAGAAUUGGAUAUGUUUUGUUAAGUAUACGUUCUGCUCACAUAAUAUUUAAACAUGGAGAUUUAAGCCCAAAAGCAAAUUGGCACAAGUUGUUGGGAUUAAGAAAUGAUCUUAAAGUACAAAAACCUGAAUUACUUCUUACAUUAAGAGUUGAAAAUCGAAAAAAUACAGAUUUAAACUCAAUGGUGGAGAUAAGCAAUUCGAUGAUAGACAAUAAUAUUAUUCUGCAAAGUGAUAAAAUAAUACCUUAUUUGCAUCUCAACGAACAAUUGAUUCAAGUGGGUCCCUUGAAUAUCUGUUAUGAAUUAUUUUUAUUAAGUAUCACAGCCAUAUGUACAGAAAAUUUACAUCUGUUAUUACCUGAACAUUUAAGCAAUCAUGGUGUUGUGCAUUUUGUAUAUCGAGUUUUAGAAAAUGAUGUAGAACUGAAAGCAUUCAACAUAGAGUACAAAAGAUCUAAUAUUUUUCAUGAAAAAGUGAUAAUGAGAAUACGAAGUUCUUUGAGUGUAUUAAAGCAUUAUCUACAAUUGAAACCAAAUUUGUUAAUAUUUCUGAAACAUGAAAAUAAUAUAAUAGCUGAAUCAUUAGUUAAUUUGCAAUCAUUAGUACCCAUGGAUAAUCUGCAAGAAUUUCUGAAAUACAAUGCAAACGCGAGUAUUAUCCUACAUGAACGAUGUUUUCUAACUAAACUAAAUGCAACUGAGAAACCCAUUGAAAAUCAACAUCAAAAAUCUUAUCUCGAUUUACAACUUAAAUUGCAAUAUAUUGAAAAUAAAAUGGAUAUUGUGCAUAAUCCUGAUACAUUAAUAAAUCCUGACAAUUCUGUGAUAUCUCGUAUUCAAUAUCAUAAUGAAGAAAAUAUGAAUAAUGUUGGUCAGAGAUGCCCAGAGAUAGAGUCUCACAGGAAUCCUAGUGGCGAUUUUGGAAAAAUUAGUUUGAAGAAUACACCACGUGAAAUGAAGUUGUUUAAUGCAACAGAGUGUAAAAAUAUAAAUGAUCAAUCUGAUUGUCAAUGCAUAAAACACCAAAUGGAUAAAAAUAUAUAUUCACGUUCGUGUAAUGCAAUACCUUGCCUUAAUAAAGAUUCUAUAUCUGUAGGAUCUUAUCAUUGCUAUUGCUUACAUAUUUCACUUGCGGCAAUAACAUUAAUACAAUCUACAAAAUUAUCUGGACGUCAAAUUGAAUUUCGAUUUCAUCAUCCAAAAGCUGAGAUCACGUCGAUGGUACAUGCGACAAUGCCAGUUUUAUCUGGCGAAAAAGUUAAAUUACAAGAAAUCGGAUGUCAAUUUCACUUUAUAUCUACGCCAAAUGAAAUAAAACAAUUAUUACAAUCUUUUCCACCAAAGAUCAGUAUGUAUGAUGCAAACGAAGGAGCUGAACCAUUAUCACUAUCGACACUUGAUUUAAAACCCUUAUUUUAUCAGGAUAAGCCUGAAUGUCAAUAUAAAUUAUCUCUGUACAAUGCAGAUCAAAAAUGUAAAAUUGGUGAAGUAGACAUUGUACUUAAACUAGAGAAUCGUGGACCACAUUUUAUAUUAAAGAAAGAAACUAUUGGUAAAAAUUUAGGCCCACCAAUAUUGGAUGAUAGUUUAGCAUAUAAAAUAGUAGAUGAACUGGAAACUUGGAAAGAACGACAAAAGGAAAUGUUUAAAACCGAACUCAAGAAAAAGGAAGAACGACAUCUGAACAUGUUGAGCGAGGAAUGGCGAAAACAGAGAGAGAAUCUAGAAUCGAAACUCGCUUGUAGUGUCGAGCAAUGCAAGAUAUUAGCCAACAGUUUGAACAAUGCUACUGAAGAUUUAAGAAUGCGCAGAUUAAAAAGUCUGGAAAACGAGACCAGAUUAAUUAAAGCAAACGAAGAUUUACAAUGGAGAUAUGAAAACAAGUUACAAGAACUUAAGAAUACUUUAGAGGUGAUGCAAAGUGAUCUUACGUCAAAGAUCAUUAAAUUAGAAGAAAAGAAAACUGCUCUAGAAGCGCAAGUAGAAAUAUUAUUGUUCGAAAAUGAAACUUUAAAAUCAUCAACAAGUAAACAGGCAGAUGAACUACAAAUGUAUCAAAAGGCAUCUUUAACUAAAGAUCAAACAGCGUCUUUGUUGCAAGAAUUAAAAAUUCUUGAGGAAAAAUUGGACAACGCCCAGAAAGGAAAAUCAUUUUUUAAAGAACAGUGGGGAAAAGCGGUUCGUGAGAUACACAAAAUGAAAGUAGAACAUCAACAUGCCAUGCAAGUUCAAAUCAAGAACAGUAAGGAAGAGCUGAAAAAUGUGGAUCUAGCCGAAAUUUUAUCUUUAGACACAAGAGCUUUAAAUAACGAUCAAAUGUUGCUAAAAGAACUUCAGAAGGAGAUUGAUGUGAUUAAGCCGAAACAAUCUUUUGUUUCGAAAGACGACUACAAUCGAAUAUAUGCAAGACCCAACGAUGUUUACUCCAAGAUUUUUUGUAACGGUAAUAAAAGUGGAUCCGAUAAAUCAGAAGAGUAUAAUGAUCGAUUGCAGAUACUGAGAGAGGAACGUGAUUCUCUUUUAAAAACCGGAAGUUACGCGGCUGACGAUAUAGUGAUUAAAAAACUUAAUACAGAAAUACAAUUCUUAUUAGUAAACAGGUAACUAAUUUAUUUAUUGGCUUAAUUUUUGAUUAAUAUAUUUCUAUGUUAUGGGGGGAGAGGGGGGGACAUAUACAUACGAUCUCCGAAUAAAAAUCUAUGAUUGUACAUAGUACGAAACAAUUUAUAUAUAUUUAUACAAAUAAAUAUUUUUAUAUGA